AGUGUGACGUAUAAUCUAGUGGACGGAACGCUUCUUUCAGCAGUUAGUCCGCCACCUCGGCAGCUUGCUAGACAAAAUUGCCGAACCCAUAAAGCUCUUUAGACGCUUUAGUGUAUAUUAGCCACUGUAUUUUAAACCCUUGUCUGUCGUCUAGUUGGUUAGUUAUAUUAUUUCAUUUCAUAUUUACGGUGUUGUUGUUAUUAUUCAGCUGGCGGGCUGGUGAAGUUAGCGUUAGCCUAGCUAGCUAACAUCUCCGACCAUGAGUUCACUAAAUUACUCUCUUCCUGCUGUAGAAGAGGAGGUCUGCUGGACGGAGAAAGAAGCUCUCAUCAAAGAGGAGGAGGAAGAGAAGGAUGUUACAAUACAAAAACAAGUAGAGGGUGAGGCUGUUACAGUGAAAGAAGAAGAGAAAGAAGUUACAGUGAAGGAAGAGGCGUUCAGAGUGAAAGAUGAGGAUGGUGUUGCAGUUAAAGAUGAGGAGGUUUCAGUUUUUGAAGUGAAAGCGGAGGAGGGGGAGAAUACGGUCUCAUCGGAAGAAGAGGAGGAGGAAACUGGAUAUCUGGGCCCGAUUUCCCAAACGCAAUUUAAGGCAUCCAGUGGUUCUAAAGAUGAACUUAUCCAUAAGAUGGUUUUGAGAAACCGGGCCGUGAUUACCACUGGAGAGAUACGGGACUAUAGUGGAUCCUCUGGCGAGCCUCAACAACAACAUGAUGCUGAAGAGGCAGAGAAGAGUCUCUCCACAUCAGAACACCUCAAGAAACACCCGCAGAGACCCACAGGGAAGAAAUCUCACCGCUGCUCUGACUGUGGGAAGAGAUUAAACUCCUCAGUAAAACUUAAAAUACAUCAAAGAAUUCACACAAGAGAGAAACCAUAUAGCUGUGCUCAAUGUGGGAAGAGUUUUGUUAAAUCUAGCCAGCUGACUUCACACCAGAGAACACACACAGGAGAGAAGCCUCUUAGCUGUGGUCAAUGUGGGAAGCGUUUUAGUCAAUCUGGAGAUCUGACAGUGCACCAGAGAAUACACACAGGAGAGAAAUCGUUUAGCUGUGAUCAAUGUGGGAAGAGUUUUGUUCGAUCUGGCUAUCUGACAAUGCACCAGAGAAUACACACAGGAGAGAAACCUUAUAGCUGUGGUCAAUGUGGGAGGAGUUUUAGUCAAUCUAGCUCUCUGACAGUGCACCAGAGAAUACACACAGGAGAGAAAUCUUUUAGCUGUGAUCAAUGUGGGAAGAGUUUUUCUACUUUUGGCUAUCUAAAUAUACACCAUAGAACACACACAGGAGAGAAGCCUCUUAGCUGUGAUCAAUGUGGGAAGAGUUUUUCUACUUCUAGCUAUCUAAAUAUACACCAUAGAACACACACAGGAGAGAAUCUGUUUAGCUGUGAUCAAUGUGGGAAGAGUUUUUCUACUUCUCGCUAUCUAACUAUACACCAGAGAACACACACAGGAGAGAAACCUCAUAGCUGUCUAACAUCCCCGAACAUGAGCUCCCUAAACUUCUCCCCUCUCGUUGAAGAAGAGGAGGUCUGCUGGACGGAGAAAGGAGGUCUGUGGCUGAACGUUGUCGUGAAAGAGGAGGAGGAAGAGGAGGCUGUCACAGUAAAACAAGAUGUAGAGGAUGGGGCUGUUACAGUGAAAGAAGAGGAGGAGGCUGUUACAGUAAAAGAAGAGGAGGAUGAGAAAGAGGAGGAUGUAGUUUUUGGUGUGAAAGAGGAGGAGGGGGAGAUUACUGUCACAUUGGAGGAAGAAGAGGAGGUUGGAGAUCUGUUUAACCCCAGAGAGAGAUGUGACUAUCGUGGAUCCUCUGGGGAGUCUCAACAACCUCAUGAUGCUGACGAGGCAGAGAAGAGUCUCUCCACAUCAGAACUCCUCCAGAAACACCAGCAGAGACCCACAGGGAAGAAAUCUCACUGCUGCUCUGACUGUGGGAAAUGUUGCAAAUCUUCAUCAGAACUUAAAAUACACCAGAGAACACACACAGGAGAGAAACCUUUUAGCUGUGAUCAAUGUGGGAAGAGUUUUACUAUAUCUAACUCUCUGACUGUACACCAGAGAACACACAAAGGAGAGAAACCAUAUGGCUGUGCUCAAUGUGGGAAGACUUUUACUACAUCUAGCCAUCUGACUGUACACCAGAGAACACACACAGGAGAGAAACCAUAUGGCUGUGCUCAAUGUGGGAAGAGUUUUGCUAAAUCUAGCCAUCUGACUGCACACCAGAGAACACACACAGGAGAGAAACCAUAUAGCUGUGAUAAAUGUGGGAAGAGUUUUGCUAAAUCUAGCCAUCUGACUACACACCAGAGAAUACACACAGGAGAAAAACCAUAUAGCUGUGAUCAAUGUGGGAAGAGUUUUUCUACAUCUAGCAAUCUAACUAACCACCAGAGAACACACACAGGAGAGAAUCCGCGCUGUGAUCAAUGCGGGAAGAGUUUUUCUACUCCUAGCUAUCUAAUUAUACACCAGAGAACACACACAGGUGAGAAACCUUUUAGCUGUGAUCAAUGUGGGAAGAGUUUUUCUUCUUCUAGCUAUCUAACUAUACACCAUAGAACACACACAGGAGAGAAACCUUAUAGCUGUGAUCAAUGUGGGAAGAGUUUUUCUUCUUCUCGCUAUCUAACUAUACACCAUAGAACACACACAGGAGAGAAACCAUAUGGCUGUGAUCAAUGUGGGAAGAGUUUUACUUGGCCAAAAAGCCUGAAUAUACACAAGCGGACACACACAGGGGAAGAGAUACUCUGAUAAAAGAUCUCUGAUUAAACAAAGUUGUUUCAUGAUAUCAAUGAAAUAAUGUCACAAUGUAGAAUGUUUUAACAUUGUAGUAGGAGUAUUUUAUUGAUGUCACAAUGUAGAAGCCUAAACAUUUGUCCCUGUUACACUUACCGUGUUGGUGACCCACUUGAAUCAAAAUGCAACACUUCAAAAUGUAGCGAUCUGUUUUCUACAAGUUGUCUUCUAACCAGGGAUUUACACAUUAUUCCCAGAUUCCGUGUGGUUUUUGAGCUGUUAGUUUUAACAGGACGUGCAACCUCAUCUCCCUUCUGUCACACAAUUAAUUUUGACAUGAUAUCGUUGAGGGAUGACAAAUAAGUGUUGCGUUCCUUUGUUUUGCGACCCCUAAAUUUAAAUGCAUCACUCCAAAAUGUAGCUGAGUGUCUUCUGCAGGUUGUCCUCUAAUCAGUGAGGUAAAAUAUAUCUCCCAUUUCCAUGUGUUUGUUUAGUUGUGUUAGUUUCAACAGCAGGUACAACCUGAUUUCCCCCCUAAUCGAUAUCAGUGAUUUAUUGCUACUUGUCAAAACAACAGUGUUUCUGGUGCUUGUGCAGUUUAUAAGGAGCUUGUUUUAAAAAAUACAAGUAAUAUGAUUAUUGUGGCAGAUGUUUGUGUAAAUAGCACAUUUUUUGUUUAGGUUUUCAAUAUAUCAGAAACUGUUUCUUCACAUUGGUUAUUGAUUUGGACAAGUUGAAACUGUGUUUUGACAUUGGGGGUAUCCCACCUAGCAACAUGUCUUUGAAAAGAAGAUGUAUUCUUUCAGUUGUGGUUGAAAGUGAUAGUUGAAAAUAUGUAUUUUCAGGUCUUUUUUUUUUUUUUUACUUAAACAACUUCAUUUCAAUGUACUUUCAUGUAGCAUAGUGGUUAGAGCGUUGGGCCAUUAAUCGAAAGGUUGCUGGAUCGAAUCCCUGAGCUGACAAGGUAAAAAUGUCGUUUUGCCCCCGAACAAGUCAGUUAACCCACUGUUCCCCGGUAGGCCGUCAUUGUAAAUAAGAAUUUGUUCUUAGCUGACUUGCCUAGUUAAAUAAAGGAGAAGAAAUAAUAUAUAUAUAUAUAUAUAUAUAUAUAUAUAUAUGGACGCAGAAUAAUAAUUAAUCGUCUAUGAUCCAUUUUUUUUACAAAUCCUGCAUCAGUUAAAUAAAAUGGGACGAGAGUUCUAGAAGCUAGUGAGUUUUAGGAAGACGAGAGUUCUAGAAGCUAGUGAGUUUUAGGAAGAGGAGAGUUCUAGAAGCUGGUGAGUUUUAGGAAGAAGAGAGUUCUAGAAGCUAGUGGGUUUUAGGAAGACGACAGUUCUAGAAGCUAGUGGAGUUUAGGAUUCUAUAGAAAGAAAAAUUUGAAAAAAAUUAAUGUAUUUUAUUAUUUAGUAAUAAGUGUUUUUUUCUUGUUUUUAAUUGUUGACAGCCAGUAGACACCAUGUUUAUAUUGGUGAAGGUGAAGCAUUGUAGUUGAUUAUAAUGUGAAAUGGAAGUUGUUUUCUGUUGGUGGUGAGUGAAUUUGUCCAUCAAAAAUAUAGGAUAUAUUUGUUGUCUUAAGGGGGAAGGUGUUACAGGCUUUUGUUUUUCCAUUUAUGUUUUGAGGUUGGUCUUCAGCACGUAUAGCUCUUUAGCACGCAGGGUGCAUUGAUUGGUGUCACCUCGUUAGUCAGUAUGUGUUACACCUGUGCUGGCUUGUCCAUCUCGUUAGUGGGAAGGAGUUUCACCUGAGCUGGUCCAGGUUCUAUUUAAGAGUGUCUGGCCCAGUGCUUCAGUUGUCUUGAUAGAUGUGGAGAGUCAACACCUGUAGUUGCUCCACCUUUUUGGUUUGCUUCCUGUCUUUAAGUUUGGUGUGGGUUUUUCUUUUGUUUUCCUCUUCUUGGGCAGAUUUAGUGGGUCUCAUGGUGGGUGUCUUUUAGGUCCCAGUUGUUGUUACUAGUCAACUUUCAGUGGACACCCCCAUAGUGUCUUUGAGAAUCCCUCCUAAAAAACAAGCUUAUAUUUUGGGUUGGAUAUUGCAUCCAAUUAGUGUUUUAAUCAAUGGCAUUUCCUUAGAAUGCUAAUUGGUCUUUCAGUUGUUAAUCUUCUGUUUUUUUUAUCCUGUUAUUUUUGUUUACCAAGUAUUUCUGUUUAUUUUCAUUGUUUUCUCCUGUGAAGCCAUUGUGUUGCAUCCAUGUCUGAAAUGUGCUGUAUAAAUAAAGCUUGAUUUGAUUUCAACAAAUGAA